AGAAGCAUCAGCGUCGUAACCGUUGCAAUGUUCUGCACAGGAGGGGAGGAAUGCAUAUGCAGACACAAAGCAUGAGUGUCUCUGAUAGAUCUGAGGACGCAUUUACAUUGGAUUAUAAACCUUCUCUAAAUCAGUUAAGGAACAGGGACUGGAGUGAAAAGAUAUGGGAUACAUACGAGGAAUAAUGUGGAAUAAACUGCCGACAUGGCAGGUGUUUUUGUGGUGGCAUCAUUUCUUCCUAUUGUGGAGUACAAUAGACGGACAGACUCGCUACAGCAUCCCGGAGGAGCUAAAACAGGGCUCUGUGGUAGGAAACCUAGCCAAAGAUUUGGGUUUGGUUGUAUCUGAACUGUAUCGGCGUAAAUUGCGGAUCACAUCGGACGCUGGUAAGCAGUAUUUUAGUGUGGACUUAGGCAAGGGAGAACUGGUGGUGAAAGACAGGAUAGAUAGGGAGGAACUGUGUGCGCAAAGACCGUCGUGUUUGCUGCCUUUAGAGCUGGUUAUAGAUAACCCCCUGCAGCUGCAUAGAGUUGAAAUCGAAAUACUGGACACAAACGAUAAUUCUCCUAGUUUCCUUAACAAAGAGAAAGUGGUGAAAAUUGCGGAGCUGGUAAAUCCUGGCGCCCGAUUUCCUUUAGAAAGUGCCCAAGAUCCUGAUGUCGGCAUAAAUUCUAUACGCUCUUAUCUCAUAAGCAAAAAUGACCAUUUCAAACUUACUGUUAAAAGCCACAAAGACGGAAGAAAAAUCCCUGAACUGGUUCUUGAAAAACCGCUUGAUAGAGAAAAACUGCCUGUGCACAACCUUAUCCUCACAGCUGUAGACGGUGGAGAUCCUGUGCGCUCAGGGACAUCUGAAAUUACAGUGGUAGUACUUGAUAUCAAUGAUAAUGCACCCCAGUUUGAGAGACAGGUAUAUGAGGCUAAUGUCAGUGAAAAAGCAACACCUGGAACUGAAGUACUGCAUGUUAAAGCUACAGAUGCAGAUGAAGGACUAAAUGGAGAAAUUGAAUAUUUUUUUGCGGAGCAAACUACAGAUCUGAUUUUAUCAUUGUUUGAUAUUGAACCUUCUACUGGAAGCGUUGUCGUUAAAGGGAUGUUAGACCAUGAAACAAACACUUUACUUCGAUUUGAUAUAACUGCAAAAGACAAAGGUAAUCCGGAGAUGGAUGGACACUGUGGCGUCGAAAUCAAAAUAGUUGACAUUAAUGACAACACGCCUGAAAUAAUUGUUACGUCUUUAACAACACCUGUUCCAGAAGAUUCUGCAAUUGGAACAGUUAUUGCAUUAAUAAGCGCAAAAGACCCAGAUUCAGGUGACAAUGGCAAGGUUACAUUAAGCGUAUCUCCCAAAUCUCCUUUUAAGUUAAAUCCAUCUGUCUCAAACCAUUACUCAUUAGUGACGAAUGGGCCACUUGACCGUGAAAAAAAUGACCGCUAUAGUGUGAAGAUUAGCGCCACUGAUUCAGGAAAGCCCCCACUAACGAGUGAAAAAAUUAUACUUGUUGAGCUGUUAGAUGUAAAUGACAACCCACCAGUCUUCUCCCAGCCCUCUUAUGUGGUUUAUGUGAAAGAAAAUCACGCUCCUGGGAAUAUUUUGUGCUCAGUGUCUGCAAUUGAUCCUGAUGCGGGUGACAACGCGAAGAUCUCUUACUCUAUUCUGGACUCUAAAGUGCAGGACGUUUCUGUCUCGUCUUAUGUUUACAUCAACUCAGAUAACGGCAGCAUCUACAGCAUGCACUCGUUUGACUAUGAGAAGCUGAAGGUGUUUCAGAUUCAGGUUCAGGCAAAGGAUCAGGGCUCUCCGUCUCUCAGCAGCAACGCCACAGUCCAUGUUUUCAUCCUGGACCAGAACGACAAUGCCCCCGCUGUUAUUUACCCCUCCUCCGCUGCCCUGGGCUCCCUCUCUCAUCAGAGGAUGCCCCGCUCGGCCAAAGCGGGUCACCUGGUUACCAAGGUGACGGCUGUGGACGCUGACUCGGGCCACAACGCGUGGAUCUCGUACAAAGUGUCGGAGGCCACAGACGCGUCUCUGUUCACUGUCAAUCUGUACACAGGGGAGGUGAGGACUAAACGCGCUGUGUCCGAGCAGGACGACUCCUCUCAGAGGCUGCUGAUAGAGAUCAAGGACGACGGGGAGCCGGUCCAGUCCGCCACCGUCACGGUGUCCAUCCUGCUGGAGGACGGUCUCCAUGAGCCCAUCUUAGACCUGAGACACAAAUCGAUGGUGGAGCCGAGCAAGAAAACUGGGAGAAUCACCCUUUAUUUGAUUCUGUCUCUGGCCUCGGUGUCCUUGCUGUCUCUAGUGACUUUUGUCAUCUUGGCGGUGAAAUGCAUGAGGAGCAGCAGGAGCAGCGGUAGUUGCUGCAUGAGACGCAGCGACUGUGAUGAUUACAAGAACCCGAACAGGAACCUGCAGAUUCAGCUGAACACUGACGGGCCUAUAAAGUACGUGGAGGUCCUGGGAGGAGACAUGUUGUCUCAGAGUCAGUCGUUCAGGUCGUGUAUGUCUCCGAUGUCAGAGUACAGUGAUUUCACUUUGAUUAAGCCCAGCAGCACCACAGACUUUAAGGAGGUGAUCAGUGUCCUGGAUGCGUCUUUACCGGACAGCACCUGGACCUUUGAGAGCCAGCAGGUGAGCACAAAACAACCACUGUUUUAAAUAAAGUAAUUAAUC